AUGACGGAAAAAGCCAGCUUCAGCAAGCGGAACUCGCGCGCUGAGAAGAACGUUUCGGUGUUCGCUGUCCCUGGAGCAGCGUCACUUCCAUCUCAUGAUGAAAGCUCACCUAAAGAAUCUGUGGCAAUCGCCGACGGUGUCCAUGAUCAGCUGGAACCCAUGGGAUAUUCCAUAGAUCCAACGGAUUGCUUGCUGAGCUAUUACUAUAGUCGGCAGAACCUGUUUUCGGAUCCGGUGUUGAUCGUUUCUCCGCCCAGGAGUGGGAAGUCCUUGAUGUCUAUCCUUGCGGGCUACGACCUGAAGAAAAAGUUUCGUCUUUAUCCUGGUUGUGCUCCGGGUGUGCUGAUUAUUGUGCCCUCUUCUCACGAUAUCGCGGAACUGACGACGGUGGUUAAGCGUUUUGAGGCGAUUCUGGAGUUGCUGGUCCUCAACGAACCACUGAAGGAGAAUAAGUCGUUGUUGAUGUCAUGUCUCAAAGGAAGAGCUGUCAUGCUCGCGGACCCACAAUUUCUUAUCGAAUACCUGGAAGUCGUUGGACCGAUGCUUCACAGUUUUGAGAACACGAUCAUGUGCAAGAUCAUGGCGAAAAUGGCGGUUGUAGGAGUUGAAGAUCGUAAUAUGAGGUUCUUGGCUUCCAAUUGGUCUGAACAAGUCCAGGCCCUGUGGCAGAGUUUCUUCUCGUUGAAGAAUGCGAGGUUGUUGUUCGUGUGGGACUUCGUUCCCGCCGCGAUGCUAUUCGAGUCUCGGGUCCAAGUUACCUAUGGAACCACCGAACACUUGAAAUCUUGUGUCCGCGAAAAAAGAGCGAAGCGUUCUCACGUGUUAUUUGGUUCCCCAAUAGAAUUCUUCGGAAAGUUGCGGAGAAAAGAGUUGGAAGCAAGAUCGAUCGCCUUUUUCUCGAGUGAAAUCUUGGUUGACUGGAUCAAGUUGGAAGCAUCUGAAAUGAUGGAAAAAUCCGAAUGGUCCGUUAGACUUGCACAAGCGGGAUGCACUCAAAUGAGGAAUCCGAACGAAAAAAUUAUCUGGAUAUGGACUGACGCUCAAAUGUCCCAGGGUUCCGUUCGUGAUAUCGAAGUUGAUGUUGUUGUUAGCUGGAACCUGGGAAAACGCUGGCGUGAUUUUGCGGAAAAUGCGGGCGGUCAGGUACUGGUAUUCUGCGACCCUGAGGAACCACAUCCACUCGCCCUUGAGAAGCUGGAGAACUUCCUAAAACUUAUUCGAGGCGAAAGGAUUUACCAACCUCAGACGAAUCUGAACCAAGUCAUAUGCGAAAAAAUUCGAAGGGCAAACGUGGAAAAGUCUUUGUGUCUCGAGUUUCGCCUGUUCGGAAAGUGUGAGAAGAAGUCAUUGUUCUGCAACAGACAUUUCUUCAAGACAGACUCGAAUCUCGUCAAAGAUCUUCCUUUGAACUCGUGGGUCACAGUUUGUUGUUGGGACGUUGUGGAAGGAGGUCUGUAUACUGGUCACUUGCACAAGGUGCAGCAUAAUGGGAAGUCGAUGGACUAUCUCAUCAGUUUUGAGAACUUUUCCAUGGCUUUGGAAUCAGCUUACAAAAAGAAGAAAUCGUAUGUUCGAGUGCCUAAGAAAAAUCAAGUUUACGUGGUUGAACUGAAGUGGCCCGAGAAACUUGGCUUCUCUUUUUUCCGAGCGAAGGUGGAAGAAAUUCUCGGCAAGGAUAAAAUCAAGGUGUAUGCUGUUGACCGAGGGUUCAAGACAGUUCUCAAGAUCGAUGAAGCGGUUUUUCACGAAGUUCCCGCGGAAUUUAAGGAAGUUCCCGGAAAGGCACUGAAUUUUGUGAAUGCUGAUAUGAUGCCCCUACCGGGGUCUCCCCACUGGCACCCAGAAACGCGUGAACUGGUUUUAAAAGAGUUGAAUGACAAGUUGAAGUCAUGCAAUAAGUCAUGUAAAGGAUUUUUCGAGGGCAAGGUUAUCAAAAUCCUGGAAAAUGACGUCCACUUGCAAUUUGUUUCCGCGACUUCACCAGAUAAUGUGUACGGCAGGAAUUGUCGUUUCAUUUGCAAUCCACUAGUUUCCGCCGGUCUUGUGGUUAGCAGAAUGCCUGAUGGGAAUGAAGAGGAAACAUUGUAUUUUCGUACAUUCUAUCACUCCGAUUGCUGCGUUCACGCGAAAUCUUAUGGAAUUUCAGAUUCGUUUGGAUCGGAUUCCGCUGCGCAUCGCUUGAUAAAAUGCAUGAACGAAAAAACAGCGUCUUUACUGAAGGAGGCUCAUGAUCCAAUAUCCGACGACCAGAAGAACAAAGCAGAAAAAUCCUCGAAACAAAAGAAAAAGACGAUUGUGGUGCAGGAGCUGAAUGAAGAAUUCAGCAAAAAUGUUCCAGUAAUCGUUUCAAGUCUCGAUUCUUCGAGCGAGGAUGAGGAGGACAUUGAGGAGGAUGAGAAACGGGUCGAAAUCGAUAAUUACGAACGGGCAGCAGAUUUCUUCCAAGGAAUUACGAAGGAAGGGCAUUCUUCAGAGGACGAAGAAUGCAAAGCCUUGGUCUUGGCCGAUGUUGCCAGAUCAAAAGUUCAGCAGGCAGCUCGUAAAGUUCUCAAGUCAAGCGUCGAACCCGUGAUUUUGCGCCCUUCUGGUCUGAGUCAGAAUUUUUGGGUAGCUAAGAAUACGUUGGAUUCGGAAUUUGAUGGAUGGAAGCCAUUGCCUUUCCAGUCGGUUCAAUGGGUGGAUCACGUGGACCGAGUCACAAUCGGCGUUGUUCUUCCGGUAUUUUCCCGGGACAGAACUUACCAAGAUGACAUAUAUAAGAUCGAGUUCAAAUUUGCUCAUCCCAUCCAGACGAAAGACUUGGUCAGCACUACUGUGCAGUCCUGCGAAGAUCAAGUUCGAGGGCUAAUUUCCGUGACUUUGAAAAAAGCGAAAGCUAAACUCUGGGACCAUCUGAUUUGUGAGGAUGAGAAAAAACGUUUCAAAUGGUUGUACAGGGAUUUGGCUAGGUCGGAAAUGGAAGAGGAAUUAGAGGAGGAAAUAUUCCUGAAGAAGCUUGAUCGGCUUUCGGAACCUGCUCGUGAUUUGCUCCUAAAUUCAGAGCCUGGAAAGUAUACCUUCAGUGAGGAAUUGGAUGUUGAUCCUGAUGUGGACAACGGAGGUGAUAAGAUAGACUGGGAUUCUGUUUUUGGAAAGCCGAACAACUCCGGUCUUGCGUGCCUUACCUCGGACGACUCUGAGCCUGAGGAUUUUUCGAGCGGCAGAAUAAUGGAGCUGUAUGACUGCUCUGAUGACCGUGCAUACUUCACGUCCAGCUAAAAUUGCAGCUUGUUAUUUUCCUGUAAUCUGCGAUUCAAUUUUGUUCGUAAUGUCAAGGAACAUGCGUGGUUGAGCUUUUCUAUAAAAUCUCAUUUUUUCUACGCAUUGUCGCGAAACGAUGGGCUUAUUUUAAAAAAUUUUCCGGAGAGCGAAAAGAAAAAGAUUGAAGAAGUACGCUCUUCGAUUUCGAGAAUCAAGUUAGCAAGCUAAAGUUACGGCUUGUUAUUUUCCAGCAAUCUGCGAUUCCAUUACGUUCGGGAUGUCGAGGAACAUGCGCGGUUAAGCUUUUCCAUCGAAUCUCGUCUUUUUUGUCUCGCAUUGUCGUAAAACUACGGGCAUAUUUUGAAGAAUGUUCCAGAGCGCGAAAAGAAAAAGAUUGAAAAAGUA